GUUUAUGGUCAUUGCAGCUCGUGGAGAAGCUUGCUCUCGGGAAAUGAAUAACUCGCUGGGGAAUCUGCAGCCUUACGCCCCGUUGACGUGCCCAAGCGAUAUUGGGCACGCAAAGCACCAACCAGCUGUCAGGCACCGCCAGUCCAGGGAUCAUCGCUGGAUGCCGACUACCUCGCGCGCUCCUUCAAAGGUGGACUUCUCCAAGAACCACAUGCAGGCAUGACGUCGUGGUUGCGCCUCUGCUGGGCGAUCCACUCCAGCGAAGGAGUUUGAAACAAUCACUGGAUUGUUUCGUCCCCGUCGAGGUGGGCAAAAUGCACGAGCAGUGGGCUUUUGUCGUCAUCGGGCAAAUUGAAGCGCCAGCAGAGGACGAAAGUGUGUCGCAUCUGUGCUGCCACCUUCAGGCCAAAUCCAUCGUGGUUAUCCACAUCGCUGCCCACGGCUGGUGAGGCGAGGAAGCAUUGAAUUUUUUUUCUCCUUACCCACCCUCCAGCCUCCGCAGAUUGCUGCAGAUGGGUUUCAAAUUCACGUUCCACAACGUCCAACCAAUUUUGUGACCCAUGCCGCAUCAAGGAAACGGGCGCUGAAAUUGGUUUGGUGCUUUGGCUUCAUGAUCCCGGCUUCAUCCAAUGAAUAACCACAAGGCAAGCGCCUGCAGCCAAUCCAGAGAAACGAAGCCAAAAGAUCAAGAGUUUUUUCUGCGUUGCCAAGUCACAAUGUCGCCUGCAAGUCGAUAUUGCGCCUGUAUGUGAGUAUAUCACCGUUGGAAAUUAUAUGGUUGAAGCCCCGGACUGAACGCCUUUCCCUUGGAUCCUGAUUUCCGUUCGCCUGCAUUGCCCGCGACCACCCUGUGCUGCCGGAGCCGACCCCUAGGAUAUGUCUGUUUUGAAGAGAUUGUUACGGGAAAAUCUAUCAUGGAUGCGUUCUAGCAGCUAAUAUUUCCCGGACGUUGCGCUGAGCAUUUUUAUUUUCUUUUUUUGCCGGACGGAAUUGCCUUUCUUCCUACUGUUUCCAUCAAACACCUUGCUGUUCUACGAUGCCUUCCACAGUGUCCGUUGCGCGGAGCUGGCCUCCUGCGCCUAUUGUUGAAGACGAGGCAGAAUCGGUUCUCCAUGAGAUUUUUGAGGAUGGCUCUGCUGUGAACAGAGAUGAUGUUUCCAUAGUAUCCCGAGGAUCUGUUGAUCAGUAUCCCAUUCUUGUUCCUGUGGAGGUGCAGGAACCCUUCCCGGCGUUGGCCGACUCAAAUGGGAAUCACACUUGGAAUGUCAAAGCAAGUCAUACAACGCUGAAUGCCGGGUCUGCAGCCCCUCGUUCUGGCUCUCUGAGUCGCGCGUCUUCUAUUUCUGGACCACACUCAACCAAGAAGAAGACGAACAAGGUCCGCUUUGCGGAGCCGGUUCAUGAUUGCCACAAGCCCAAAGUCCAGCCUGGAGUCGAGUAUCUUCCAGUGCCAGCGAGUUAUGCCAGAGAAUCUUCUGGCGCACAGGAUCAUGACACCUACCAAUGUCGCCCCUCUCGCUCCGAGGUGGAUCAACUCACUCGUAACUCUCGACGAUACUCGCAACGGCCUGCCGAAAACUAUAACAAUCUUGACGAUGUCCGGCAAUCUACCCGACGGUUAAGCUGGAACACAUGGGAGGAGGAGGACCAGGAUGGUAAUGUUUCCUGGAUCAAGGAGAGAAAAUACGAAUGGCACAGUGAUGAUGAAAUCUCCUCUUACCGCGGGACCCAUUACAAGCACUGGAGAGAAUCUAGCCGGAUUGUUACUGAGAGAAUAUCGACUGAGGUCUCGCCAGUCAGAUCAUCCUCACAACGAUAUAUUGAUGCCCCUGACCGCUCUCGAGACCGGGGUGCGAUCAACGGUUCCAACGAGAGUGUUGCCAGUUCUACCGGUCGUCGAACUUCGACAAUGAAUGGGGCUGCUGCUUCAGCGGCUAAAUACAAUAACGUUGUAUACUCUCAGAGAGGCAGAACAGGAAAAGAUUCGUCGCGGAGAGAACAUUCUCGGCCUCCAACUUCUCGCGGUGGCUCGGAAGCAUCUUCGGCGCGGCGAGGUCACUCAGUUUAUCCUCAAGCAUCCUCAAACUAUGAUGAUGUCCGUGCGCCACAAUCGCACGUAUCCUCCCGGUCUCCUGCAGCCAUUUCUGGCACAGUUUCUCGGCCUCGAAGCUCAAGCGAUGGAAUCCGACGCCCAGUAGAUAGCCCGAAAUUCUCUCUCUCACCUUGCCCAAGGUCGAUUCCAAUGGCUGGCUACCGCGAGUGGUACACGUUUAUUGGCCUGACCCAUCUUGAUAUCUGCCCUUCAUGCGCGAGUCAAAUUGAAGCAACUCGCUUCCGUGAUUUGUUUAUUCCCAGUCUUCCAAAGCCCGCCGAUGCAAAAAUCCGGUGCUCUUUCAGCCAGCCAUGGGCUCGACUAGCAUUUGUUCAGACAAUGAAACUCGGACUCAAUCAUCUAGAGUUGUUAUACCAAAUUACUCGACCUCCAAUCGGCGGCCAGCCUUGCACCGGCCGAGUACCUUCGCUACAAUCUUGGUAUCGCGUCUCAGAUCUCGAGACGGGACGAACCAUCUCAGACUUCAACGCAUGCUCAGCCUGUUUCCGUAACCUAUCGAUCCUCAUGCCAUCCCUCCGCGAUUCAUUCCGACCCGGUCCCAUCGGACAAGAACGUAUCUGCGACCUUCGCACCGACAGCACUCGAUUUAUCCAGUAUCUCGACCUGUUCGACGCCGCUGUGACACGCAGCUUCCAUGAUCCGCACCGCUACAUCGACCUACGCGACUUCAUCCGCUACGCCAAGCGCAAGAACAAGAUGUACGACUGCCCACGAGACCAUAUCGUCGUUGGAUCCUGGCAUUAUAUCCCCGAACUCCCUGAAUUUACCAUCUGCGAAGACUGCUAUGACGAUGUGGUCUGGCCGAUUGCCAACGGUCCCAUCGCGAACAGGAUCACUCGCACCCUGCAACGCCUCCCUGGCGGCGGAAAGCAGGCGAGUUGCUAUCUGUAUAGCCCACGUAUGCGAGCCAAGUUUCGGGAAGCCGUGAAACUAGGCGAUUUCGGGUCCCUGAAAGCUGCAGUGCUAAAACGCUAUGGUGUGGAGACGAAGUUCCGUGAGAGGAAGAAGCUAUUGCUCGAAGACGUUGCGAGGGGCUACGAUCGCGACAGAGACUUGAGACUUAAUGCUGAGGGUUGGAAGAGGAACGAGUAGAUGGGAGAAUUUCCAAGUUUACCGCCAUUUGUCACGAUUAUGAAUUGCGCGCUCUCUCUGGUCAGAUUGUGCUGCGAUGUAUUUGGAGGGGCUUCACUAUAAACAUUUUCCAACGGUUGAUCUUCAGGUUAUUUUCUUUUCUUUUCACUCUCGUUUGGGUUCGGCCUUAAUGUUGCCCUUGACAAUACUGGUCUGUUUGCUGUCUGCAUUUCAGGAGUUACUGCGUUUUAUAUCUCUGACUGUGUGUGGCUCGCAUAGGUGUAUUCGUAUUCAACUAUUUGUUUUGUCUCUUUUUUGGGUUUCAUAUCUAUUCCCUGUCAUUUUUAUUUGUCUUUUUAAGGUGACAUUGCUGUUUGUAUUGCUGUCUUCAUCUUUAACACCCUGUACUCUGUACACGUCACUCUUUUGAUAUAUUAUCACGAAAUGGCUGUAAUUCAGAGGUUGUGACGAUAUCUUAGGUAGAAUGAGAAUGUAUAAUAGGA